CAUUUUUGUCACAUUUAGCCUGCAGUUGAGACAUCCAGGCAGCAGGCGGCAGCACAGGCGGGGAACUCAAACGGAAACGGCUCAUGUCAGCGGAUUAGCACCGCGCUAGCACCAGGAUUAGCAUCAGUCUCUGUUCCGCACAGUUCAACAUGAAUCCGCUGACGAAGGUGAAGCUGAUCAACGAGCUCAACGAGCGCGAGGCUGACCUCGGGGUCAAGGAUUCCGUUUCCUGGCACAGUGUGUACAAAGACAGCGCCUGGGUCUUUGUUGGUGGAUUUCCAUACGAGCUGACAGAAGGCGACAUCAUCUGCGUCUUCUCUCAGUACGGCGAGAUCGUGAACAUCAACCUGGUGCGAGACAAGAAGACGGGAAAGUCCAAGGGUUUCUGCUUCAUCUGCUACGAGGACCAGAGGAGCACAGUCCUCGCUGUGGACAACUUCAACGGCAUCAAGAUCAAAGGUCGGACCAUCCGCGUGGACCACGUCAAAGACUAUCGUCCUCCGAAAGACUACGAGGACAUUGACGACGUGACCAAGCGCCUGAGGGAGGAGGGCUGUGCACCGAAAGCCUCCAAGUCUCCGUCGUCUCCCUCAGAGGACGAUGAGCAGCUCAACGUUCCAGUGAAGAAGCUGAAGAAAGAAAAAAAAGAAAAGAAAAAAAAGAAGAAAGACAAGAAAGAGAAGAAGAAGAAAGAGAAGGAGAGGGGGAGACAAGCGUCUUCCUCCUCCUCUGCAUCACCUCCUCCUCCUUCUCCCCCCGUCAGAGUCAAAGAGGAAAAAGAGGACAGUGCCUAUGACAAGUACAACCAGAGGGGGGCGCCACCGGGAGGACAACAGAACGGACAGAGAGCAGCAGAGGAGAGGCGAGAAGAGGAUAGGAGAAGACAUCACGAACGAGAGGGAGACAGACAAAGAGAGACUGACAGAGACAAACGAGAGGUGGACAGAGAGGACAGGAGGAGAGACGUGGACAGAGAGGACAGGCGAAGAGACGUGGACAGGAGGAGAGACGUGGACAGGCGAAGAGACGUGGACAGAGAGGACAGGAGGAGAGACGUGGACAGAGAGGACGAGAGGAGAAGAGAGACAGAGCGGGACAGAGAGGACAGGAAGAGAGACGGAGACGACGGACGAAGAGACAGGCAGCGAUAGAAGACGCAGGCAUGAGUUUUUUGUUUUUUUCCAUAUUAAACUUUUUCCUUUUCUGAAUUAAAAUUUCUAUGGCAACUUA